UUGUCCAACGAACCGUCACUGGUCACAUGAUUUACUUUUUUGUGCCAACUCUUUUUAUAUACUGAUCGCUGGAUUAUUGUUUUCGUUAUUUCGUUUAGUUUAUUAAAUUUCUGUAUACUGAACCAAAAAAUGGGACAGAAGGAGAAGGAGAUUUUAGAUAGAGGAAACUGGUCUGGACGUUUGGAUUUCAUCCUAUCAUGUAUUGGAUUUUCUGUAGGUUUGGGAAAUGUAUGGCGGUUUCCGUAUCUGUGUUACAGAAAUGGCGGAGGUGCUUUCCUCAUUCCAUAUGCCAUUAUGUUGGUCAUUGCUGGAAUACCACUGUAUUUCUUUGAGUUGUCCUUUGGACAGUUUGCAUCUCAGGGGCCUAUUACUGUUUGGACAGUUAGUCCUUUUUUCAUGGGAGUUGGAUGGGCCAUGGUCUUGAUAAGCGCCAUGGUUUGUACUUACUAUAAUGUUAUCAUUAUGUAUUCCGUUUACUACAUGAUGGUAUCAUUUGUAACCAUGGAUGGCGAUCUACCGUGGCAACACUGUGACCACGAAUGGGCAUCAGACCUCUGCAGAGAAAAACCAUAUCCAAAGUUCGAUAGUAUGACAAAUGAAACAGAUAAAAUAAAAUCGGCAAUGGAAUUGAAGGAUACGAGCUGUUUAACCGGUUUGCUAGCAAACUUGUCAGCAUCAUUUUCUGUGACCUACAAUACUUAUAAUGAUCUUAAUUCGUCUAUUCUUAUCGAAAAUACGACAGCCUGUGAUAAGGAUCUGAAACUUCCAAGUGAGGAAUACUUUGAACGAUAUGUCUUACGGCUGCAUGAGGCGAAUGGAUUUGGUGACUUUGGAGGUGUUAGUUUGAAGUUGGUUAUAUGUUUACUAUUAACAUGGGUUGUUAUUUUCUUCUGCUUGAUGAAGGGCAUCAAAUCAUCUGGAAAGGUUGUGUACUUCACGGCAACUUUUCCGUACAUUGUCUUAGUCAUUUUGUUAAUCCGCGGCUUGACGUUAGAAGGAUUCGAAAAAGGAAUCGAGUUUUACAUGGUACCAGACUGGCAAAAACUUAAAGAUCCCAAGGUAUGGGGCGAUGCUGCUACACAGAUAUUUUAUUCCCUUGGUGUGGCUUUUGGAGGUUUGCUCACAAUGUCGAGCUACAAUAGGUUCAAGAACAAUACCAUCAGAGAUGCUUUCUUAGUGACCUUGAUAAACUGUUGUACUAGUGUGUUUGCUGGGUUUGCCGUGUUUUCGUUACUUGGAUUUAUGGCACAUACACUGAACAGGGAUGUGAAAGACGUUGUUGAUUCGGGCCCAGGAUUGGCGUUUAUUGCGUAUCCGGAAGGUAUUGCUAGGAUGCCUGCUGCUCCAGCAUUUUUCUCGUUCCUGUUUUUCUUCAUGAUUUUCACUUUAGGACUUGACAGUCAGUUUGCGAUGAUGGAAACUGUCAUAAGUGGUUUUAUUGAUGCGUUUCCAGUCUUUCUCAGACCAAAGAAAACACUUUUCACCUUUAUUCUCUGUGUCAUUGGAUUUUUGCUGGGUAUGCCUCAAGUUUGCAAGGGCGGAAUAUACUUAUUGACACUGAUAGAUUGGUAUUCGGGAAGUUACAACCUUAUGAUUGUCAGUUUGUGUGAACUGGUAGGGAUAUGCUAUGUUUACGGCAUAAAUAAUUUCCGACAUGAUAUUGAGAUGAUGGUUGGCAUACAGCAUCCAGCCUUUUGGAUUUACUGGUAUAUCACGUGGAUGUUUAUCACACCUGUGGCCAUCAUUUUUAUCGUGAUUAUGUCCGGUUUAAAUUAUGCUCCUGCCUACUAUGGAGAUUACGUAUUCCCUGGAUACGCUGAAGCUCUUGGUUGGUUGAUGGUAUGCUCUCCAUUAGCACUCAUUGUAUUGGGAUUCAUCGUACAAAGCAUCCGAUAUGGUUUCCCUGGAGCAUUGAAGAAGCAGCCUGAAUGGGGUCCUGCUCUUGACGAGGACCGUGAUCAAGAUCCUCGCAAACGAUAUGAUCGAAUUAACGAAUUAAGACACAGAACAAUUGCAUCAAAUGGAAAAGACAACUUGGCUUAUGUAGGAGACAAAAAAGUCAAAUAUAUUCCUACUGAUCAAAUUAGACUGUAAUUGGUGCAGUAGUCAAUCAAUCCACUUACAUAUACAUAUACAUAUACACUAACUAUGUGUCAAGUAUAGCUGUAUUUAUAAUCAAUUUUUGAAUAUAAUCAAACGGUUACGCUCAUUAAUACGCUUAGAUGACAUUUUGAAAAAAAUAUAAGAACAAUAAUUGACCAUUUACAUAAUAAUUAUUUCUCUUAAUGGUAAUAAUCUGUGAUAGGUGUAAAUAUGUUGGAAUAAGAGCCAUCAAAAUAUUUGCUUCUAUAUAUAUAAAUGUAAACGACAAUGUAAAAAGCUUAAGAAACUAUGAACAAAAGCUGAAUUUUACCAGUCUAGCAUUUCCAACAGUAUUCCGAAAGUAACAAGGUGUGGAAAAUCAAAUUGUGGUACCUGUAUUUACAUUCAAGAAGGAACAACAAUCAAAUUCAAAAAUGGAAUGACAUUCACCAGAACAUAUGAUAUUAAUUUUUCUUGCCCAGAAAUAAUAUAGGUAGUUACAUGCAAUGGCUGUAAGGAAAAUUACAUUGGACAACUAACUAUUUUAGGAAAAGAGUUACAGUACACAAGCAACAGAUCCGUCAGCCAGAAUACGCCAAAAUAUAAAUUGAGCGGGCAUAUUAGAAAGAGUGCCUAAUAUCAAACUCCACAAUUCCAUAUUUUCACAAUAUAUGAAUUUCUGCAUGCGUCAACUGAGACCAAAAGAAUAAUAAAGGAAAAGGAAUAAACAAUAAGAGAAACGUCACACAAGAACAAUCAAACGUCGUCCAUAGGAUAAUGGACGUUAUCUUUAAAUUUUGUGAUUUACAUUACGUAAUUCAGAAUAUUAAAUAUCGGCGUUUUUACAAAUUUCAAUUUUAUUUAUAUAUAUAAAAUAAAUGUGCGAGUGUGUAUAAUCUUUUUAUAACUAAAGUAAGGUAUACAACAAAACAUACGAUGAAAAGUUAGUUUUCAUGUGUAAGUAUACUGACUCGGUAGUCCGCUAAUACUAUGCAGGUAAAGCUGCUUGUAGGAGAAUUUGACAACUAUGUUUUCAUCAUUUAUAUGUCCCCCUUUGGCCACUCUGGUUUUUUUUCUUAUAAUUCGUCCCGUUUUCAAAAAUCAAUAAACACCAUGUCGUUGGAGAUAACCAUGGAAGCAGGGUUUUUCACUUAAAUUAAGUAUAUACUACAUUAGAAGUUGCUUCUGUAUAUUGAUGGCUGGUGCAAUGCACUAAUCAAUUCACCUCUACUUAUGGGCAUUUGAUGUGAUCUUUUAAAUAUAUUAUUGAAAUCUAAAAGAGGAAGGAUUUAGGACGUCCGAAGAUAUGAAAUCAAAGCAUAUAGAAAAAUAUGUAGGAGGUUAAAAUAUACUGAUUUCCAUUAUAAGAGUUCAUACGUUAUAUAAACGUAUUUCGGUAUACCUUUUAGGUAAUAAAAGAUAAAGCCACUUUGAAAAUAUGUUAUACAUUUUGUAUAUUGAUGAGCCUUGUCUAAAUAAAAGUUGGGUUUUAUCAUUAGUACUCCAAUACGAAAACAACUUUUUUCUGUAAAGUUAUUUAAAAGGUUUUCAAAAUAUUUUGUUUUAUAUGUAUGUAAAUAAUACUCUAACUUAAUGAAGAGCUAUCUAUUUUAGGCAAUAUAUCCUCUACUCUGCCAUGUGUUUAAAUAUUACAGUUAGAUUAGUUGCGAUUUAAGGUUACAUGCCGUUUUAUUAUAUUUUUUAAUGAAUUAAUUUACUGUGUUAAUUUGACCUUUUUUCAAGCAUCCAACAUUCCAAACUGGUUUAAUCUGGUUAACAAAACUGAGUAAAAUAAAUAAUUUUUCACUUGUAUUUUUUUAAGAACCGAAUACUAGUAUGUAGAUCGUUGGUCAAAUAUACAUUCAUAUUUUGACUUCUAACUUAAUUAUUUUACACAUUAUAUAUUAUACUAUAUUUUAUAUUGAAUGUUGCAAUGCAUAUUUUUAAUAAAACUAGAUCAUAUGGGUCUGAAA